AUGGUCCCGCCGCCGCUCAACUUCCCCAAGUGGCUCGCCGAGAACCGGCACCUGCUGCAGCCGCCGGUGGGCAACUUCUGCCUCUUCCGCAGCGACGACUACACCGUCAUGGCCGUCGGCGGGCCCAACGCCCGCAGCGACUAUCACUUCCAGCCCACCGAGGAGUUCUUCUACCAGGUGCAGGGCGCCAUGCUCCUCAAGAUCGUCGAGGACGGCGAGUUCAAGGACGUCGUCAUUGGCGAGGGCGAGAUGUUCAUGCUGCCCGCCAACACGCCGCACAGCCCUGUGCGCUUCGAGGGCACCGUCGGCCUCGUGGUCGAGCGGACACGGCCUGAUGACAAGGACGAUGCGCUGCGCUGGUACUGCCCGAAGCUCGAGUCACAUCCGGACGGCCCGCACAUCGUCAAGGAGUCGCGCUUCCACUGCACCGACCUCGGCACGCAGCUCAAGCCCGUCAUCGACGAGUGGCACCGCGACGAGGCGGGGCGCAAGUGCUCCUGCGGCUACGCCGUGGGCACGCGCGAGCUCAUCGGCCGCCAGACGGUGGCGUGAAUGCCAUGCCUAAGCGAUCACACGUGGACGAGCAGAAGGCGAAAGGGCAUGGAUUAAGAAAGGAGGGCUGCGUUGCGCGAGAGGUGCAAGCUGACGUCCAGCGAGGGAGCAACUUGGGUGGCGGCGAAGG